AUGGGCUGCAUUUCCGGGAUAGUAUUCGGCGUCCUCCAGUUUGUGGCGAUACUCUUCGUCGCUGUUGGCACUCCGCUGGCGAUGUACAUGCCGCUGAACGACAGUGUUCUCCAUGUCUACAACGGCUACUGCGUCUCGCUGUGGGGGAUUCGCGAUAGAUGCUUGAUAUUGCUGUACUCGGUUAGUCCUAACGAUGUCUGGUCUGAGUGCCACGGCCGCGUGGGUCGCUUCAAAAUAGCGCAGGUGUGCGCCAUUGCGGGUGCCGUCAUCCUCGCCGCUUCGCUGCUGGGAAGCUUUCUGGAUGCGUGCUGCUGCUGCUGCAUCAAGUGGGUGUGCAUUUUGCUGAACUUAUUGGCCGCGGCUCUGCUUGCAAUCAGCUGGGGCUGCAUGCUGGAUUGCUAUCUGCAUAAUCAAGGUAGCCAUAUUGUCAACAACGUAGACGUGUGCACUCAAAUGCGCAACUUCACCGGAGUUGAUAACGCACACCCCGAGGGAAUGCAGCUGGGCGUUGGUUUUGGUCUUCUCGUUACCGCGUGCAUUGUCAGCUUCGUGAACAUAUUUGUCAUGCUUAUACCGUGCUGA